GAACCAUAGUUGUCCUGUGUAAGAUAAAUCCAAGUCUACUACUAUAGUAAGAAAUCAUGGAUACGUUUUUAUCCACGUCGAAAGCAGCAGUGCUAAAACUAUCAAUUGGAGAAGGUAGCAAAAGAAUCCGCAUCGUUUUGGGUAAUGAAACCUGUGACUUAGAUUCCGCCAUAUCGGCCUUAAUUCAAGCUUUCUCGGAGCAUUUAGACGGGCUUAAAAAAGGAGGCCCGAAAUUUGUGGUAAUUCCAUUGAUGAACAUAUCUAAAAGAGAAUAUUUCUUGAGAACAGAAGUUGUAUUCUACUUAAUGCAGCACAACAUAACUUCCAAUUUGUUGACAUUUCGGGAUCAGAUAGAUUUGGAAGAUUUAACGAAGAAUGUAAAGAAGAAAGUGGAAGUAAUACUGGUUGAUCAUCACACCCUUCCGGACGAAGAUGCUUUUCUACUGGACUCUGUAGUGAAAAUAAUCGAUCACAGGCCACAAGAACCAGGCUGGCUUUGGCCUGAUAGAGAGACGCAUAUGGAAAUUGUAGGCAGCUGCGCGACGUUAGUGGCGCGAAAUUUCUGCGACAAGCACCCGGAAGCGGUGGAUUCUCGGAUAUCGAGACUUUUGUUAGGUCCAAUCUUGGUUGAUACUUUUAACUUGUCGGCCGAAGCCGGUCGCGCUAAGAACGAAGAUUUCCAAAUUGUCUCGAAACUCGAAAGUAUCGCAUUCCCGCAAGUUGCCGACAAAGGGGCUCGUACCGCUGAACUAUUUCACGAGAUCAUCGAAGCAAAGUCUGAUAUCAGCAAACUCACCACCGAUGAUCUUUUGAUCAAAGAUUUGAAAAUAACUGCCGGGGUGCCGAUCGUCGGGUUGCCCAUAUUGGUGGAGAAUUUUGUCCGCCUACCAGAUAGUCUGAAAGCUCUUUGGAAUUUUGCGAAAUCUAGAAAAGCAAAGGUUGUCGUUCUGAUGGGACUAGAGGUUAAUUCGGGAAAAUUAUCUCGAGAUAUCGCUGUUUCUUCGUUUCUGCCGUACUCUAAAGACAGUCAGGAUAUCAGCAGCUACAAUCUCAGAUGUAAGAUAGUAAAAACUCUGAUGGAGUCUACCGAGCCGUGUCUCGAGUUGAAAUUGAUUCGACAAAUUAGCGAAUUGCAAGUUCCCGGAUGGAAUGUUUUGCAUGGAUCUUUAUCAGUGGUUGUUUACACGAUGGGAAAUGUACACGUCUCGCGAAAACAAGUCUUACCAAUUAUUCGGGACUUGGUAGUAGCAACAGGCUAUCAAGCUACUCGCGAACGUUUUCACGAAGUUGAACCUGGGAAGGAAGGAUUAAAAGAAUCGAGUGCAGUGCGAGGAGCGGAUAUCAAGAUGCGGUGUACGUUAACGGUUGUCUGGUUGGGAGUGGUGCUUGUGGGUGGUGGCUCGGGUUCGCGCGACCAGGAUUCGACCAGAAAUGUUUUCGAGCAAUGUAUACUUCCGCUCGGUAUGGAGGAGGGAAAGAUUCCGGAUGACGCGAUCACCGCUUCUUCCAGUUACGAGACAAAAUCGGUGGGCCCUCAAAACGCGAGGAUACGACAAGAGAAGAAUGGUGGCGCUUGGUGUCCAAAAGCUCAGAUUAGUAGCGCGAUACGGGAGUAUCUGGAAAUUGACCUGACGAGAAACCAUCUAAUCGCAUGGACCGAAACUCAAGGACGGUUUGGCAAUGGUCAAGGUCAAGAGUACGCGGAGGCAUUCUUUCUAGAGUAUUGGCGCGACAUGCAGUGGCAUCAGUAUAAAAAUUUGAAGGGUGACAGAGUGCUACGCGGGAAUAGCAACACCUACUUGGUGGAAAAGCAGAAGCUGGAUUUACCGUUCGUCGCGAGUAAAGUGCGAUUCGUACCUUACAGUCAACAUCCUCGGACGGUGUGCAUGCGAGUCGAAAUUUAUGGAUGCGUCUGGCACCAAUAUUUGACGAGUUACAGCGCACCCAAGGGAUCGAGCAUCGGCCCCGCGGGAUCCGAUCUCCGGGAUUCCUCGUACGACGGUAUCGAAGUCGACGAUUCGCUUCUUAUCGACGGUCUCGGUCAACUGACGGACGGAAUAUUGGCCGAAAUUUCCGAAAUUCUCUCCUUUCCGAACCCGAUCACGACCUCGACGAAUGCCGGUACCAACAACUGGGUAGGUUGGUCGAACCGGUCUACCGUACGGAUUAUUUUUCACUUUCAACAGCUACGAGAAUUCGACAAUUGUUCGCUUCACGUGGCUCGUAUACCGGAACUAGAAGUCGAGACGUUCUCGAUGUUGCGCGUUUGGCUUUCCGUCGACGGUGAAACUUAUCAAUCGGAACCAGAGGAAUUGGAGGCGUCGCUCGAUACCGAUCACCCUGCACAGACCGCCGACACCGCUUCUCUGUCGAUCCCUUUGCGGUCUAGAGUUGGACGAUUUGUGAAAAUGGAACUAAGCCUUACCGCGAAAUGGCUGCUUCUUAGCGAAGUCACCUUCCACACGGGUAGUUCGAGCGACUCCUCGUCCCGAGCUUCUGACCAGAAUCAGAGCGAGCCGCGAGCAAAGUCAAGCAACUCUCUCGGUACGAUAUUGGGCUUGUUGAACGAAACGGAAAUGUACGAAAUUGAAGAAGAGGCUUCGACGCCAGACGCCUUCCCCGUUGGCACUUCUCAAACGUACAUAGGUCUUGUCAGCGGUCUCUUGACCGUUACUCUCCUCUUCUUCACUUGCACAGCCCUUCUGAUCAAGCAAAGAGGCCGCAACAAAGUCGCUCUGUUGCAAAAGCACACGGCUCUUCUCUGUGAUUCGUCCGCUCCAAAGGACGCGAAACUGUCUAACUCGAUCGUAACCGGAUUAUCCUUAAUUCGCAAGCCCGCCUGUAACGCCGAGAACGCCGAGGCGCCGCAAACUCAACCCAUCUUAUUCGCUCCUCCUCGUCGUUCGUCCACCACCACCACCACCACUUUGUAUGAGAGAACGUACAAGCUAUUCUCCGAAGACAAUCUCACCCUUGCAGAAUCGAACACAUCCGCUCGUGUGACCGAAUCCUAUUCCGAUUUUAAAUGCAACUCGAGCUUCGCAUCGAACAAGUUUAACGCUACCACCUAUUCGAUGUCGAAGAAGCCGCAUCGUUUUCAGCCGGCAAAGCCGAAUCAAAGAGUCCAUGAAGGAUAUUACGCGGCAACGGAUAUUUUAACGAUAAAGAAACACGAGUUGCCGUCCGAAACUUCCAGUUCGUUCACGCCUCUCUAUAUUCGCGAUAAAGCUGUACGUUUACCGCGUACGAUCGACUCGUGUAACGUUCAGCGCAUUUCCAGGCACAGAUUGAGGAUUUUGGAUAAACUUGGGGAAGGAAAUUUCGGCUUGGUACAUUUAUGCGAAGCAAAGGGAAUCACGAAUCCGGAAAUGGGAACGAUCCAAAACCGGCAAACCGUAAUCGUUAGAUCGCUUUGGCGAGGAGUUGUAGACGCUUUGAGGUUGGACUUUACGAAGGAUAUGCACGUUUUGGCGAUGCUUCGGCAUUCAAACGUGGCAAAGAUGAUCGCCUUGGUGGAAGAAGAACCUUUCGGAGCUGUGUUCGAGUACGGUCAAUAUGGGGAUCUUCCUAGUUUCUUUGUGGCUCGGGAAAACCCUGACAACGUGAUCGGGUAAACGAGAGAUCAUCUCUCUCUUUCUCUUUCUCUCUCUCUCUUUUCUUACUCUACGUCUUUUCAAUUUUUCAGCCAUUUCAAUUUCCUCGUGCAAAUUGCAUCCGGUAUGAAGUAUCUGGAAUCCUUGAAUAUUGCGCACUGUGAUUUAGCAGCCAGGAAUUGCAUCGUUACUCACAAUCUAACGAUAAAGGUGUCGGACCACGCCAUCUACUGUGCCAAAUACGAUCACCACUACUUCAUCGACGGAUAUAACGUGAAGAUUCCUCUUCGUUGGAUGGCAUGGGAAGCAGUUUUAUUGGGUAAACGUAGUUGUCGAGCCGACAUAUGGUCGUUCGCCGUGACAGUUUGGGAAAUUCUCCUUGACUGCAAAGAGACACCUUACCCGGAUUUAACGGUGACACAGGUUCUGGAGAAUUGCGGCCGUUGGUACCAAAGCGAAAGUUACGACGUCGGUACUAGUGGCUGGGACGAUACCAACGACCAAACAAAUCAGCCUCGAAUUCUUUUGCAGCCCGAUCGUUGUCCAGACGACCUCUAUCGCAUAAUGAACAAAUGUUGGAGCAAACGGAUCGAGGACAGACCAACCUUCGAACAAAUACACCUCUUCCUCGAGAGAUUAACGCUCCAUUGAGUAUGUUCGAGAUACUCGUGCUCGAAUAGCACGGACCAAACCGAUUACAAUCAGCUAAGAAGCAUCCUGUAUGGAAAUUUCAACCACUUAUACACCGAUUACCCUUACAUUUAUCUUUUACGUUUUCUACUUCUCUUGUAUUGCUUUCAUCCAUUCUGUUCAACAAUUCUGAUCGUUUGUCUUCUUUUGCCGCCGCCGCCGCUCGUACAAAUUCUUCCCUCUUCUACGUUUCAACUGUUUCUCUCUGUCCUUUUCAACUUUUUCAGGAUGCUCUGGCCCAUUAACUUGUAAUGCUCAAUUAGGUUUAUAUUCGAAUCGAUUUUUCCGCAUAUAGAAGCAUGUACAUAGAGUACGCGCGCGCGCGCACACACACACACACACACGCGCGCGCGCGAACACACACACACACACACCCAUCAUCGAAUGCAUGUUUUUCGUGAUUGAAAAAUACAAAAGUCAGUACUUUAACAGAAAAGAUUGUAUGCUUGUCUCUUCUU